AAUGGUGGUACGGACAUUUCUAACCUCCUAAUUUCAACUUCUUUCUCUCUCUCUUACACAUCCUUCGUUCUUAUCUAUCCAUUCCCAUACGAUGACAAUCACAGCAGGUUCUGCCAAUGGCGCCUCAAUUCCAAAGAAGAGACAGCGGAUUGGGAGUACCAGCACCCGUCAUUCAUCUUCCCACGAUCCAUCUCGUGAAGACGCGGUCCCGAUCGAACCAUUUCUUAAGCCAAAGACCUUUUGCCGCUCCACCUCUCACUCUUCCGGCGGAUUUGGCGGAUUUAACGAUUCAUCCACCGCCGAUGUCUUCCUGCAACUCCACCUUGAUGAAUCUGUUGUUCUCUAUUCGGAUGAGUCUGAACCUGUUCCUGUUCCUGCUCCGUUUGAUUCCACAGAGCAGGUUGAAGAUAUUCAAGUCUAUCUCCAUUCCGAUGUCAUCAUCCAUAGAUCUAAGUACUUCGCUGCUCUAUUAUCUGAUCUCUGGCAGACGGAACCUGAAGCAGGCGAAACAGAUCGGAAGAUGUAUCGGUUCGGUUUGGUGGUUCCGAACGCUACUGGAUCUAUAGAAGAUCACUUGACUGUUCUUGAGCUUCUCUAUACUAACGAUUUCACAAGCGUGAUCGAUAGCGUCUCGGUAGCGCUCUCUAUUCUUCCUGUUGCUCUCAAGUUGUUGUUUGAGGAUUGCGUUAAGUCUUGCGUCCGGUUCUUGGAGGCCGUGUCUUGGAGCGAUGAGGAGGAGAAGAGAGUUCUAAGUUUUCUCCCCUUACUCAGAGAAGAAGAAUCUCGUGAGCUGUUAGGUAGGGUUUUGCCUUUGCGUAAUGAUUCUUGUGAAGAAAUGCUUCAUGGAUUAAUAGUUACGGCAAUCAAUAACCAUCCUAACAUGGCUUCUGCAAAGGCGUUUGUUGCGAUGCUUCUUCGCGAAUCGUCGAAGGAAGCAACGAGUAAAGUGUUGAAUAGGGCGUUUGAGACUAGCUUCAAGAUGGUGAAGGAGUCGUUGGAUGAGUAUUCGAGUCCGGAUUUUAGAGGGUACCAUAACGAUACAGAGGCUAUUCAAAGGUUGAAUCUGCAUUCGGCAAUGACUAAUGGGAAACAUCUAUUGUGGUUGGUGGAGAGGAUGAUUGAACUGAGAGUUGCAGAGAAUGCAGUGAAAAGAUGGAUUAGCCAACCUUUAUUCACAAUAGAUUUACUGAGGGCAUUUCGUGAUGAUGCUUGGAAGAACAUUGUGCCUGGCCUUCCGUCUGUAAUGCUUCGAUGUACUAGCAGGCUUGCCAUUGCUGUUGCUAGUGGAAGCGUUUUGGUUGAUAAAAAGGGUAGGAUGCAGCUUGUGAAAGAUUGGCUUCCAGUAUUGGCUCUUUGCAAAGAUAGCUCAUCUCCUUUUUUUUCGAGUAACAAGUCAUUGUAUGUAGAGGUUGAAGAGACAUUUCUUAGAAUCAUCUCUACACUGCCAAUGUCAGAUGCCCAGGAAUUGUUACAGAGAUGUCUUAGUUUCUCAACUCGAAAUGUUGAAGAUUGUCCUCAUUUGAUCACGGCCUUCACUACCUGGUUUCGUCGAGCUUCUCAUCCUCCACAGGCAGAAGCAGAAAACCCAUCAUCAUCAUCAGCAUGAGUGUGGUAAGUUGUCAAUAUUAAUAAUAGUAAUGUGUUUCGGAUUGGGGAGAACUAGAACUAGAAAUGGUACAUUAUCAACUUUAGCUUUUAAUCUGUUUUGUUUCGGUUAGAUUACAUGUCAAUAGUAGUUGUAGCUCAAUCACUUGUUCCAUUUCUUUGGUAAAAAAGGGGGCAUGCAAAUGUUUAUAGUUCAA